UCAGUGUAACACAAUGUGAGCAUGCGCGAUGGUCCGGAGCUAACAGCUACGGUUUCAAUUUAGAGUAUUUGAGCUUACUUUUAUUUCUAAAUGUAGCAAAUGGUCUGGAUUGUUUGGGUUAAAUGAAUAUUAUAUACAUUUUAUAUAUGUUUGGAAGCAUUUUGUGUCGAUUCAAUGGUUUUAAAUAACACUGUCUGCUUACUGCGUGUCAUUAGCGUUUUGGUUGUUAGCCUCAACAGCUCAAAACAGCGCUGAAGCUUAAAUUACAAACAGUCCCAUGUCUGUUUUCGACUUAAUGUUACUUAUGUUUGUGAACGAUUACUUCUCUUAGACGUUUCUAAGCUCAGACUGUUAGUGACAACCGUCGGCUGGAGCGUUUGUCUUGUGAAAAAUGUGACGGCGUGUGGAGAGGAGCAGGAUGGACAGAGACUUGUUGCGGCAGUGCCUGGUCCGCCAUGGCGAGACGCUGUUCAACAAACUGAAAUGUGAGCAAACGGAAAACCCAGACUUCCAGGCGGUGGUGACUGACCUGUGCAAAGCCACGUAUGACGGAAGAGGUGAGGAACAUGCCAGUCCACUGGUGGAGCAGUUCAUCGCCAGGAAGGCUGACAUUCUCUUCUGCCCGGCAUGGAAGACCGCCAACCCGCCACCACAGGACGAUGAAGAGGAGGAGGACGGAGAGCCUUAUGCCAUCAUGCCACCAGUGGAGUUAUUCAUGGAGCUGCCGUAUGAGGAGAGAAGAUCCAUGAUGUACAGGGACUUGGAGAGAGGCGACAUCGUGGUGGGACGCAUCAACAACAUUCGGGAAUAUGGCUUCUUUCUCACACUGCUGUGCAUGGCAGGAGGCCUGAAGAGAGACAUAGAGGACCUGGAACUUUCUGCUCUUUGUCAUGUCAAGGAAAUUCCCUCCACCAGCAGCCAUGAUGAUCCUCUCUCCUACUACCAGAUCGGAGACUUGAUUAAAGCUGGAGUGAAAGACAUCGAUCGGUUCCAGGAAAAGAUCACAGUGUCCCUCCACCAGGCCUCGCUUUCUCCUAACCUGGUUCACAUCAAGCUGGGUGUCAUAACCAGAGAAGAUCUGCCCACACACUACAGUCGUAGCGUUCGCGCCGCCGCCGACUCCAGCGAGACGUACGAACGAAUCCUCACCAGGUGCCACGGCUACGAAAACCCGUCUGUGGUGGAGUAUCUGCUGCAGAAGGUGGGAAUCAGUGACACAAACCCGCCGUCGAUGAUGAGAGGGUUACAGUGUAAACUUUUCCAGAAGGAGGAUUUUGCUUCUGCAAUCAGAAAGAAGCAAUCUGCAUCCUGGGCCCUGAAGUGUGUUCGCGCAGGUGUGGACCACUUCAAACAUGGCCGUCACGUGGAGGCCAUGAACGAAUACAACAAAGCUCUGGAAAUCGACACCAAUAACGUGGAAGCGCUGGUGGCGCGAGGAGCUCUAUAUGCUAACAAAGGCAGCAUGGUGAAGGCUAUCUCGGACUUUGAGCUGGCUCUGGAAAACUGUCCGGACCACCGGAACGCUAAGAAGUACCUCUGCCAAACUCUGGUGGAGCGAGGAAAACAACUUGAAGAGCAGGAGAAACUGGUGACAGCGGAGGGAUUGUACAGGAGAGCGUUGUCUCUCGAUGACUCCAAUCUUGAGGCCAAAGACGCCCUGCGCAACAUCAAUGACACCAUACAGAAAUCGAUUCGCUUGCGAGAAGAAGCGCUUGCUAAGGAGGAAGUCAAAGCGACGAGCAGCCAGACCAGCGCUGAGAAAUUACGUAAGAUCUUAAAAGAGGAGAAAAGGGCGAAGAAGAAACACAAGCGAUCCAAUUCCUCCUCUUCAGCUUCCUCCAGCAGCAGUAGUUCUUCUUCCUCGUCGUCUUCCUCGUCCCGCAGGAGGUCUAAGAAGAAAAAGAAAAAGCGGAAAAAGUCCGGGCGAGGAAGAAGCAAGCACCGCCGGAGGAAGAGUGAGGAGGGUAAGAGCGGGAAAGGCAGGAUGGAGAAAGAGGAGGAGGAGGAGUUGGAGUGGUUUCCCGCGCCUCCCAACACCUCCGCCACUUUUCUCAACCAAAAGGGGGGCCUGGUGUUUGGAGGGGCGGAGGAGGACGGGGUGGGGGGCGACGGGAAAAUCAGCCGGCUGUAUUCUCUGGCAGCAGCUUCAGAGGAGGAAGAGUCGGAUUCUUCCCACAGACAAGGGAAGAGGAGGGACAGAGCAGAUAGUGGGGUGAAUAAACGGAAAACCAGCAGAAGCCCGAAGAGAGACAGGAGAACAGAGAGCAGGGAAAGAUGGAGGGAGGAGAACAGAGCAGGAAGGAGAGAAAGAAGCAGCGUGGAGGAGAAUCACACCAGGAAACUAUCCAGCUCCUCAGCUGAGGUGGAGUAUUCCCAGAAACCGGAAUAUUCCGGAAGGAGCAGGGUUAGACACGACUCCUCCACCAGGAGCUCCUGUGAUGGCGGUAGGUACGAGAAUAAGGAAGAGAGGGAGAGAGAGAGAACGUCGGAUCCAGAACAGAAUAAAAAACCAGAGAGUUCUGGAGAUCAGAACGGCCAGCGAGACGGCAGAAACAAGAACCUCCCGUCCAACCUGCUGGACAUUUUCAACCAGAUCGCUCAGUUCGAGAAAGAAAAGGGGGUGAAAGCAAAAAAAUAAGAGUCCACCACAAAACCAGAACUACGACAGCGUAUCAAAACCAUUGUAGAUAUAUAUACAUAAAACAGGAGGACUUCUCUGCCAAUAAAUUUGGGUGUUUAUGAGCAUGAACCGAAAUUUACUAGAAUAAAUUAGAAAUUUCUGAACUUCAGCAGGUAAUAAUCUGCAUCAAAAGAGAAAAUUUGAGUAAUUUCACAUAUUUC